UUAAGGAACUGUAGGUAAGGGAGUUCCUAGAGACAUGAAAAACCCGUAAAAUUUUGUUACAGAAAACGAAUAUUUCAUGUACACACAGGAGGCAGACAGACAGCAGUACUUUUGGUGCUCCACUCAACCAAAGCACAAGAAAGAGGAAACUCUGUUCCUGUUGUAGAUGCAGCACUGAAAUAUCAAAACAAAGUUGUGAAGAUGGGGACUUACUCUAAUAGGAACCCUAUUAUGCCUAAUGCUAAUGCAGGAGCAUCUGUUUCACAUUUUUCUUGGUUCUAUCCAGGAACAUUUUUCCCUUCAUCAAAAGCCAGCUCGAAUCCUUUGCACGAAACUCAAUCAAAUCUAGAACCUGGUAUUUCUGUUGCACCUAUUCGUUCCAUUCCACCUGUAGCUGAGCCAACAAAGAAUACGGAUUCAGCAAGCAAACCUGCUAAGGUUAGGAGACAGAAAGGUGCUACACAUGUUGCAUCAAAGGCGUUAAAGCCAAAGCAAAUGAAAAAAAAUCCUUCCACUUCCAAAAAGACAAAGGGACAAACCAUUCCUCAAGCAAAACGUGAAAAGAAGAAUCCAAACCUCGAUAUGGAGAAGAUAAACUUCAAUUUCUCUGGAGUGCCAUCUCCAUAUUGUUCUUGUACAGGUAUUCCUAGAGUUUGCUACAAAUGGGGUGCUGGUGGAUGGCAAUCCUCGUGUUGCACCAUUAACAUAUCAGAAUAUCCUCUACCUAUGAGUCCUUCAAGGCCCGGGGCUCGAAUGGCUGGGAGGAAGAUGAGCAAUGGAGCAUAUGUGAAACUUCUGUUGAAACUUGCAACAGAAGGUUAUGAUCUUUCUCGUCCUGUUGACUUGAAGGGUCAUUGGGCAAGACAUGGUACUAACAAGUUUGUUACAAUCAAAUAGAGAUAUGGAAAGCUAGCAGUUAAAUAUGUAUUAACUGCUAGCAUAUGCUACCAUUAACUCCUCUAGUUUUCCCUCCUGAUGUAGGUUGAUGCUAAGUGCUAGGUUCUUUUCAUCGUAGUAGUUUGUAUAUAUAAUGUUCUUACUAUCUAAAACUUAUGUGAGAGAGACUUAACUUGCUUGCUUAGCAUUUAAAUCACUCUUGUUCUUCUGCAUCUUUGAUAAUGGUAUUUAGGAGGCCAAAUUGUCUUGA